GUCUGGUACUGGUUCGGUUUUUGCGCGGGAAAAAAUCAAAAUGGCGUCCGAUUUGGAAGAACUUGGUCAAUAUUUUGAACAAAAAUGUGCUAACGUUUCACAGAUUUUAGAGCUUAGAGGCAUUGGUAAGUUAUGGUCGAAUAUUUUGCAGUUAGUUUAAUGGUUUAGCUUUAAAAUAGCGAGUAUUAAUGCCGAGAACUCGAUUGUUUAUACAAAUUGUAUGCGUUUAUAUUUGACAGGCUAUUUAUUUGGUUUAUUUACGUAUUUAAAAAAUGUGGUUACUUAGUAUUUAUCGCCACUACCAUACCAAGACAUGCUUGCUUCAAGAUGCAGGAUUUGCCAAGGGUGGGUUGGUGGGUUGAUUACAAAAUUUUUGUAGUUUGCUAUAACUACGGCUACUUCAAAAAUUAUAUAAGUAGUCAGCUACAACUACUGCUACUUCUGAGUAUAUGUAGUCAACUACUGCUACUUCUGAACAAAAGUAGUUUGCUACUGACUACAGCUACUGCUUAAAAAAUGUAGCGAACUAUUUCGCUAUAUUUUUUAGUGUUACUGUAUUUGGAGCAUCUAUUAACACAAGCUGUAAUGUAACCUAUAACAAAUCGACUUACGAGUAGCAACAGUAAACACAAAGCAACAUUUUUUUUGUAAGCACUACAGUGUGCAAAUUGACUAUCGAGGAUUGAUUUUAUAAGCAAACCGUGUCUCAAAUCAUGCCAUUCUAUCAAGUUGCUAACAAUUUAAAAAAAUAGCGAUUUGCUAUUUGAAAAGUAGUCAACUACUUGGCUACUUUUAGGCAAAAUGUAGUUUGCUAUAACUACAGCUACUGUUUUGAAAAAGUAGUCAAAAACUACUGGCUACUUGAAAAUUGUAGUUCGCUACAGUAGCGAACUACAACUACUUCGCUACUACCCACCCUUGGAAUUUGCUUAUAAUGUCAUGUCCAGACGACGACAUAGACUCUACAUUGACAUAUAGAUAAUAGAUGGCAAGCAUUACUUUUAAACCUCUCCCAAAGAGGAAAUUAACUCCUUUCAGGUGUCCUAACACACUUACUAUUAUCAUAAAUAAUUUUUUCUACCCUCCCCCUCUGGAUGGAAGAAUUUUCCUAAUUUCCUCGGGGGGGGGGGGAUGCAGGUUUUUUCUGGAACAACAUAAUUUCAUGUCAAAGAGUUGUUCUAUUAAAUAUAUAGUUGUUAAAAAGAUAAAAUUCACUAUUUUUAGAAGAUACCGAAGGUGCAACAAAGGCAUUACAAGCUAUCAAUAAUGAAGUUGGGGAGGUGGAAGAGAUGAUGAAUGAUUUUAAGAAAUAUUUAAUGCAGCAACAAAAGUUGUUAAAAAAUGCAGAGGCUUUGAAAGAUGUUUUUGAUGGUUUUCAACAAAGAAAUGAACACAUUGCAGCAAACUUACCCCAGCACUUGCCUGGAAGGCAGUCAAGGUAACAAUGAAUUGAAACAACAAUUUAAAAUGUUUUUCCCAAGAUGCCUUGUUAGCAGUGCUACUGUUAGCAGUGCUACUUAAUUAACCAAGAAUAUAAAUCCUAGCUAUGUCAGUGCCAGACAAUAUGCAAUAAAGUGUAUUAUAUAAUCUGCGAGUGCAAUGGAAUAAAACGUAUAGUACAAUUGCACUCUUUGUGUUUUCGAUAAAUCGCAUCCCUCAAAAUGCUUCUUAUACGAAUCUAUUAGUCUAUUUUGGUAUUAUAUAAAACAAAUAAUGAAUGUUUCUUCGUGCAAUGGUAAGAAUAUUUCCAUUCGGUGAAAGAUGGAAUGUUCCAUUCAACUCGGCUGUCGCCUCGUUGAAUGGAACAUUCCAUCUUUCACCUCAUGAAAAUAUUCUUACCAUUGCACUCAUAAACAUUCAUUAUUUGUAUAUUUUAAGACACUGCUUCUCCCGUUUUACAAUUAUGAUGUUAUAGGGCCACCUCUGUGCAACCUCUAGGUGGCCCUGCUUGUUAGCACUAUGUCAUUUGAAUAUCAAGCAUAGCAAUAGUGCCAUUCAGUCACAAUCCAGUGAUCUGAAUGUUCUGUUGUCUUUUCAUUGUUUUGAAAAUCUCACUGUUCUCCAUGCCAUCCACCGUAAUGUUUAAUGUUAUGUCAGGAUUGUUUUCAAAAGACCUGAGCUUAUUUUUUCAAUAUUUCUAUCAAAUGUUUCAUUGUGUUUCAGUGGCCCUGCCAGGACAGUUCUGAAGGAAAGAGAUCAAGCUGUUUCUGCAGAAAGUGAAAAGAAAGCAAAAGUAAAACCUGCUGCAAAAACUGCAAAUUAUCAUAAAAUUGAUUAUCUUACAACAGAACAGUUUGACAGUGUGCCAAAGUAAGUUUGAAUUGCCACUUCUUAAAUUUUGUCUUAUCCUCUGAAUUAGCAAUCUCUGUCAAAACAGCCCCAAUUUAAAUACAAUCCUUAUAACCCAUGAUACUAAAUCUAAUCCAUUCUAAGCAUAAUACUAAUUAUAUGCCUAACCUUGAUUCUGUGUCUAACCUUAAUUAUUGCAAUCACCGUUACAAUUGUGUUUUAUAAUAUAUUUUUAGAUAUCUAAAAGGUCGCCUUACCUAUGCACAAGUCAACUCGGCAGUUGAUCAAAUUCAUCAAGUCUUGGCUGCCAAAUAUAAAAUCCUGAGCACAAAAAGACUGGGCAUGGGUGAACACAUUAUGAAAAAAUACAGAGUAAGUAAAUUUUUUCAGAAUGUUCUCUUUCACAGAAAUGGUGACUCAAUGUAUUCACAUCAUAUGUAAAGGAGUCUUUGGAUUGUUGUAUUUUCAAUUUGCAUUCUGGUAAUUGGUAUAAAAUAAUAUUUUUUAGGAAUUUAAAGAGCAAGAAAUGGCCGAGACCAAAGGUUUGUCAACCCCAUCAGUAUUGUAAUAUCUAGAGACAUACAGUCUAUCGACCAAGAUGCAUAAUCUAAGCAAAGCAGAUGGUGGCCAACGUCACAAAUGUUUAUACUGGGUCAAAAGUCUUGGAACUGUGUGAAAAAUCAAAGAAAGUCUUUAAAAGUCUUUACGAUUUCCUAACUAAUAAAAUAGAUUGAUUGAAGCAAGAUUUUUGCAAAUAUUGACGAAAAGGUGCAUUUUAGGAUUGGAUUUGACGGGACUAUAUACCGGGUAAACAUGGUGCUUAUAGUCGCAAUUUUAUGAAGAUCUUUGAAAAGUCUUUGAAAAUAGGCAGAAAAAAUCUUUAAAAGUCUUUGAAAUUAUUUGGUCUUGGAGACUAUGAACCCUGUUACAGGAGCAAGGAAUCCUGUAAGGUCAAAACGUCCCCAACUCAAGUCAAAAUGUCCUCGUGUCAAAAUAUCCCAACUAAAGUCAAAUCUGUUGGCUAAAUUUGGAAAACUUGUGUUGUAACCCUGUGAACAUGUUUAUUCUUUUUUAUUAUAUAAAGUAUAGUGCUUUAUAGAGAUUUCGAGCAUUGAUAAAAGUGAUAAUCUCACAUGUGAGAUUAUUCAUGAUAAUCUCACAUGUGAAAAUUAUCGCUUUUCAAUUAUCGCUUUUCUGUAAAAAUUAUCGCUUUUCAAAGACUGCCCUUUAUAUAAUAAACAGAAAAAUACAUGGGUGCUUGGAAAUACCAGAUUUAUUUCUCGUGUUGAACAUGAUAUCUCACUCGUUCGCUGCGUUCCCUUGUGAGAUAUCAUGUUCAACACUCGAAAUAAAUCUGGUAUUUCCGCGCACCCAUGUAUUAUCUCUAUAUAAUUUAGUGGCAGUUCAAUUUAUUUGAACACAAGAGUCAGGGUUUUUUGACCUGGGGACGUUUUGACCUGGGGACGUUUUGACUGCAUGGAUACCCUUUAGUCACACCUUCAUAUAUUCUUUCAGGCUGUUAUUUCUUCGUGGACAAAGACUUGAAGGAAUUCUCAAGUUUCAAACUGGAUAAAGUUGGACAGUCUAUCCUGAAUAUCCUGAGGCAUUGUGGGAAACUCAAGGAGGUACGUGGCGGGAAAAUCGUUCGUUUUGUUGUUGUGCCUGCAUAAUGAUCUGCACGGAAUGUUGUGUGUGGAGUCGUGUUUUGAAAGAUUGCUCUUCCAGUAUAUCCCCGUAAACGUUGGUCUGGUAAAAGUUCAUUUAGUUUUAACGUGUCCACAGAAUUGCAACUAUUUCACAAGCUGUAACAUUAGCAUUGGAAUAUCACUUUUGUAACCUGCGAAUGCAGCCAACACGCGCAAACAUUGAAUUUUCGGAGACAUUUACGUUGAUCUGGAAAAGUUUGUUUAGUUCAUGCCGGCAGAAUCCCUUCCAUCUGUUAAAUAUUGACAUGUUUCAAAACCGGAAAAACUAAAAUGCCAUCCAGUCGUAGACUUUGUAUAUACAGAAACUGCACGCUUAUUAUACUCAAAAACAAUUUCCAUGUUUAUUUUAUCUUACAAUUAUAACUAGUAACAAUUAGAAAAUCUGCUAACUAUUUGUAUCAUAGAAUUAGAAUUAUACCGCAGUAUUUUACAAAGAGGUUGUUUGGGAUCAAAUACUGUACAUAUACUUAUUUACAUAUCAAAAUUUAUAAUAACAAUCGCAUAAAAUAGCUAAGCUAAUCUCUUUGCUAAUCUUGCCCAAUCAAUACUUAUUGUUCAAUAAAUAUAUCCUAUACAGUACAAUGAACUAGAAAUGAUUGGAAAACUUAAAUGAAAAUUAUUAAAUGUAAAUUGUCACAAUUACAUAUAUUACAUACAGAUAUAACUUGCCAUUUCCCCAGACAUUACAACUGUUCGCUUUCCGAUUUGUUUCAAGAAUCAAUGUUCCGCAAGUCUGAGGUGUUUUCUGUUGCUGUUUUCAUUAAGAAACUGGUGACUUCGCUCCACCGUUGUUUCUCUGGGCAAGCUAAAUAAAUAUGAUUAAAACGAAUUAGAACAAAUAAAUGGAAACCCGUGAAUAAAUUCGUGGAAC